AUGAAACUUAGAACUAGGAAUCUUCUGGUAUUUUCAUUAAUUAAUAUCUAGAGGACUCACAAUUAAUUUGUAUCUCUCAACAUACAUUACUCUGUACUAUUUACAGAUACUUUUGAAACAAAUAUAUUCAAGAUUAAAAGACCAUAAUUAAGAACAAACAUAAUCAACUUUCAAAUUUGA